AUGCAUAUCCAGUCGAUUCCCAUGUGGACCGGGAAAGGCAACAAUUAUGCCUACCUAGUCACAGAUGAGCCGACCAAGCAAUCCGUUAUUAUUGACCCAGCGAACCCCCCAGAGGUGGCCCCUGAAUUGAAGUCGCAGAUUAGUGCCGGCAAGAUUGAUUUGACUGCUAUUGUCAACACCCACCACCACUGGGAUCAUGCUGGAGGUAACGACAAGAUGCUGAGAGAAUUCGGCAAGCUUCCCGUGAUUGGAGGUAGCAAUUGCCAGUCUGUUACCACGACACCGGCCGAUGGUGAGGUCUUCAAGAUUGGAGAGCGCAUCUCUGUCAAGGCCCUAUACACGCCUUGCCAUACCCAGGACAGUAUCUGCUAUUACAUGCAAGAUGGCGACCAACGAGUUGUGUUCACAGGCGACACUUUGUUUAUCGGCGGAUGUGGUCGGUUCUUUGAAGGAAAUGCCCAGGAGAUGCACAAAGCAUUGAACGAAACAUUGGCAGCCCUGCCCGAUGACACUAAGGUCUAUCCCGGUCACGAGUACACUAAGGCGAACGUCCAGUUUGCUCUCAGUGUGUCUCAGUCCCCGGCAAUUAAGAAGCUUGCGGACUUUGCGGCAGCGAACGAGCAGACCCAGGGCAAAUUUACCAUUGGGGAUGAAAAGCUUCACAAUGUGUUUAUGCGUGUUGAGGACCCUGAAAUUCAGAAAGUGACGGGCCAGACCAGCCCAGUAGAUGUUAUGGCUGCUUUGAGAGAGUUGAAGAACGCCAGCUAA